AUGAAAGGACCAGAAAGCAGCCAGUACUGUGCUGAUAACAUCUUGUUGAAUCCUUAUUCCGGUGUUCAGUUUGCAUUUGACAAACGACGUCGAAACCUGGAGAAGCGUAAGAGCCGUUUGUUACAAUACGAGGCGGAUUUGAGAGACGGUAAGAAACUUAGCGAGCAACAAAUUGAAGCUCGAUAUUGUAUUGGAGAAGUUGAUACACAGCUAGAUUUCCUGAAAGAUAUCAGCAGGAUCGUGCAAUCAUUACAAAAGGAAUACCUUCGCGGAGUGAAACAGCGGGAUGAUGGGAUGAAGAAAGAUGAGCAGAAACGUUUGGAGGACUUCAUCUACUUUCAAAAUGUUAUCGAGCGUUUCAGCAAAGUGGAAAUCAAAGAAAUCUUAAGUGGGAUGGAUAAUGAAGAAAUUACCGAGCAGGAGUACAAACUGCUUGAGGAUUUGUCUGAACCGUUCGGUUUGAAAUGCGGUGAAUCCGAUAGCUUUAUGGAUUUCAAGAAGAAAUGCGCUACUAGCUCAAUGUUAGCAUAUAGGAUUCUUGUAGGGAGCAAAGAAAAAGUUGUGAAUGAUUUCUCAGGAAUUCAAAUUAGGGAACUAUUAGAGAAAAUUGCAAAUUCCGAACAUAUGCGUCAUGAUGCUAAAGUGGAAGAUGAAUAUGUUAAGUCUGACGAGUCUACCGUAGAAUCUGGAGUUGUUCAACCGAAGAAAGAUCCAAAGGUGGUUUUUGUACAUGUUUCUAAUGGGUCAGUGGAGAACUAUGCAGAAGGCGAUAUAAAUCAAGCAGGGGAUACGGAGUUUGGUUUUGAGAAUGGAAUUGAUCCAAAAGCGCUUGUGCGUGACCCACCACCACCAAUUCCUUUUCCAGUUACGGCUGUUCCAGAAGAUCCUACAAAUACUACCAGUGGUCCUAAUCACAGUGAUGUGUGGCGUACAGAAGCGAAAGCAGAGGUGUCAUCGAAGCGGCGUGCGGAUGGAGCUCAAGAUAGUUUUAUUAAUGACAGAGAACAAAUUAAUGGAUUUGAAGCUCGUGAUGAUCAACAUCGUCAGAUGCGUGUCGCUAAAGGAAGUGGCGAUGCAAAAGGAGGCGAUUUCAGAAAAGGUCAAGAUAAUGAACGUGGUCGCAGUGGUGGUGUUGGCAUUCGACGUCAGGAACGUGGUGAUAACUUCGAUGGUCCACGAAACUCUCGUGGUGCACCUCGCAACGGCGGUAAAGGUUUCGGUAAUUUAGGUGGUCGAGGUGGUGCUUCCAACUUUAUGUCGCGUGGUUUUCGAAAUGCCAGUAGUGGUAACAAUAAUCGGAUGAAUGGCGAUUUGAAAGGUAGUGGUAAUGGCGGAGGAAGCCUUGGUGGAUGUGGAUAUAAUGGACCAUCGCUGCCAUUACGCCGCCAGUUAGGAUUCAAUUUUGCUUCAGAUGCAUUCUGA